AUGCCGUCACAAGACUUUCAUGAUAUCCCAAAUUCUCCAUCUGAUGUGAGUCCAGAUGUGCCAUCCGGAACACCACGCAUUCAUGAUGAUGAGCUUCGAGCUUUAACCUUGAUCCAUGAUGGGGACCCCAAUGGAAACUCAACAAGGAGCUUGGAUGAUUCUGAAAGUCAACCCCGGAGUUUCAUAGAUUCAAGAGAGGAGCAAGAAGCUAGUAGGGAAGCACAACCUCUGAGCUCCAAUGUGGACAACCCUACGGAAGUUAGCUUAGGCGGUACUGGACGUUCAGAGUGCCCUUCAGCUGUACCUCUCUUGAGAAGACUGCAGUCAUCUACUGCUACAAAACCGCCAAAGCCCACUGUAUUUGAUCGUCUCAAAGAGUUCAUGGGUCAAGUUUGCUGUUCAAGUCUGAAGAGCAAUUCCGACAGUCACACAGAUCAACAAAGUGGGGUAGAGGAGGGCGGGAGUUAUACAGAGAGGAUGCAGGGGACUUCUUUGGAAUGA